UGGUAGGAAUGCUGGAGAUCAAAUUCAACGUCUUGCUAAAUCAGUUUACAAAGUUGAAGCACAAGCUGCAGAUUUGAUGGACGGGUUGAGAGAAAUUCCUGGCAGGGAGGCUUUGAAACUUCGAGCUGAGGUGGCUUCUAUGGCAUCAACUUUGAGGCAGCAGAGAAUUUCACUGGACAAAAGGAUAAUGAAGAUAUCUGAAUUAGGAAUACCUGUCUGAUCAGGGCCACUUCUCUCUUGUUUCAUUUAUUUCCGUUUUCUGAAGCUAAACCGGAUUUUCUGGAGAUUGCCCAUUCAUCCUUUGUACUCAGUCAAGUGUUAUUUCUAACACUAAGCAAUCAAAAUCAACUCUUUACAAUCUCAAAAUAAAUUCUUUGAUGAAUU